GUGUUGUGUUGCUCGGAGACUUAAAACACCGACUCUUCCUCAAGCAAUGAAUGAAGAAAGGCCCUCCUUCUGCACUUUGUAAUUGCAAUAUUUACUCCAAAUUUCCCCUUCCUGCAUACUUCUUGGGAUUUUUCCAAACAAUUAAUACAUUUCCUGGCCUCAAUUUACACUCUCCUUCUACCCAAUACUUCAAUUCAAUUCAAUUCAAUUCAAUCCAAUCCCAUCGCUCUCUUUCUCUCUCUUCUCUUCUCUCUCUCCCUCUCUAUCUCUCUCUCUCUACACCCUACCCCCCUCCACCUCUCCUCUCUCUCUCUCUCUCUCUCUCGAAAUUAAAUUAACCCUUAAAUCACUCCCUUCAUUUUCCUUAUAUAAAACGCCCAUGAACCUCCACCCAUUCUUGCAACAACAAAGAUCACCAACACUUUGCUGGUGCCACUCUUUCUCACCACCCCUUUUCCCUUUCCCUUUCCAACAACAACCUUAAAAACACAGCUCAGAGGAAAGCCAUGAGCCGCAGAAAUGGAAGUGGUCCGCAGCUUGACUUGAAGCUCAACCUGUCCCCGCCCAGGGUCGACCGGAGACUCGACUCACCCACACGAUCGGCCACGGCAUCGCCCACUUCACCUCCCAGCUCCUGCGUGUCUUCGGAGCUCAACCAGGAGGAGAAGAAUUACUCCAACAGCCCUGAAGCCACUUCCAUGGUGCUUGUCGGCUGUCCUCGCUGCCUCAUGUAUGUGAUGCUCUCUGAAGAUGAUCCCAAGUGUCCCAAAUGCAAAAGCACGGUUUUGCUAGAUUUCCUGCACGACACCAAAAACCCCACCAUAAGGAGGAAUUAGAGUGAUAGAGUUAGGAUCCUGGGUUCCUAGCUCUGUUUUCUUCUGUUCCUAGCCCUGUUUUUCUCUGUUCCUAAUAGUAGGACAUAUUAUAAUAUUAUAUUAUAUUAGCUAGUAAUGGUUAGGAAUUAAUCUCCUUUUUACCUUUUUACUGUUUUAACUAUUCCCCCUUCUGUGGGUAGUGCUAUGUGCGCUCCACUUUUACCCUCUCUCCCAACAAUUUUGUCAAAGCAGGGGAUGCAUAUUUGCAGAGACAGAAAGAGACAGAGUGGAGCGUGAAUAGCACUGCUUGAAUCACCUAUAGAAAGAAAGUUACUGGGCAAUUCGGGAAUGUUAGGUAUCUAUUAUAUAGGAGCUGGGUGCUCUUUAGCGGUUAAGAAAGUGUAAUAGGGCUUAUAACCUCAGGUGCCCUCUUAGUUUGCUUGUUGAAAUCCAACCUCGGUUUUCCUUUGACUA